AUGUUCGAGCAUCAGGGCCCUCGGAUAAAGUCGCGAGCUUGGGCACUAGUAAAUUUAGUCGGCCUAGCCUUCAUGGGUUAUAGUAUCACCCAGGUACCGUAUCCUAAAGCCUUACUAGGUGGCAUUUGGGCUGUCUUUGGAUUAAGCAGUUUGUUAUACCUAGUAAUCGUACUAACAGGCGACACGUAUAGGCAUACUCUGUUAAAUGUGUCUAACUUCCCAUUGGGAGUCUUACUGGCGUUAUACUCAGUACCCAUGCUGAAGUUUUGUGAGGAAGAUGUUGAAGUGGAUGGUUGCUGGGACGUCAGAAAUUCGGAACGUGUUGUUUUCAUGAGCGCAUUCGCUGUCGUCGUGGUGCUCUUCUCUUUCAACUUCAUGUUCAUGUGCACCGGCUUCGCCAGCGGCAUUUUGGACAUUGAACCGAAGGAGGUGGAGGUUACGGAGGUUUAG